AUCAACUCUAGGAAGGACCUGACUGUUCAUCUUGCUGUUGUAAUAUGUGGCGAUAGAAUGGAAGAAGCUUUAACAAUGUUAAAAUCUGCUGCCAUUUUUUCAUUUACCAAUUUACACUAUCACGUUUUAGCGGAAGAUCACUUACAUACUCCAAUCCGUGAAAGGUUAAAAGAAAUGUCUAAAGUCAAUCAAAACACCAUAACGUAUGACGUACUACCGAUUCAAUUUCCUGCGGAUAAUGAAGAUAUGUGGAAAAAGUUAUUUAAACCAUGCGCUUGCCAACGCUUAUUUCUACCCGACAUACUCGUCAAGACCGAUGCAUUGAUCUACUUGGACACAGAUAUUCUUUUUAUGCGACCCCCUGAAGAUUUAUGGCAAUUUUUCGAUAAAUUGAACUCAACUCAGCUAGCAGCAGUAUCACCUGAAGGUGAAGAUGCUCCGACUGGAUGGUACAAUAAAUAUGCACGACAUCCCUAUUAUGGAGAACUUGGAAUAAAUUCUGGUAUAAUGUUAAUGAAUCUAACGAGAAUGCGGAAAGCAAAUUGGAAUGAUAUCGUGUUAAAAUUAUAUCAGGAAUAUAAAUCUGGAAUAGUAUUUGGAGAUCAAGAUAUUUUAAACGUUGUAUUUCAUUUUCAUCCAGAAAUGUUAUAUACCUUUACAUGUGACUGGAAUUAUCGUCCGGAUCAUUGUCGAUAUGGGCGUAAUGACUGCAAACAUGCAGACAAAAACGGCAUAUCGCUGUUGCAUGGAAAUAGACAAAUAUUUCACAAAGACGACUUUCCACCUUUCCGUAUGGUGUAUGAUGUAAUACAUGGCUAUGACUUUAAGGUAGGGGUCCCUAAAGGUAUCUACGAUCCAUUGAAGAAGUACCUUCCAAUGGUGCGCCGCAGCGGUUAUUGUAACGAAAUGUGGCAAUCAAUGAUUGCGAUAACAAAGAAAUACCUUAGAAAGUACAAACAACAAAGUAGCUGA